GUCAAAUCUCCAUUGAUGCAUUUGUUAUUGCUAAGGUUAUUUUUAACUGCCAUAAUUUACGUGUGUAAAUAUAAUAAUUUACUAAAAUAGAUUUGCAUAAUGAAUAAGCUAUGACUACGCAAUACAAAAAAUUUACAAGACUCAUAGCCAAGUGGCCUGUAGACAGUACAAAGGGCGACAGGGACCUAGGAAAAUUUAUACGAGACAAAGUAAAGGCAGCUUUCGAAACUUCACAAGCACAAAAUUUAGAUACAGACUUGUGUAACCGCCAGUACAAUUCCCUGAACCGUUUAGCUGAUAAUUACUACAAAAACAAGUACAAGAGACUCAAAACCAGUACAGCGACUGGUCUUAGCACGGAAGAGUGUAACUUGAUGCUCUCCAAUGAAGUGUUAACUUACUUAAAAGAAGAAAACAAAGGUUUCUUUAAAAAGAUAUUCAACAAAGAUUAAAAAUCAACACAACACAAGGAUCAUGUGCCUGUAAUGUUAAAUGAAGUCAAUAAAUAUUUACAGCCCACCAACAAUGAAUUGUACAUAGAUAUGACAUUUGGUGCAGGCGGCCACUCUAGACAGCUACUUACAUCUGCAGAUUGUACGCUAAUAACACUUGAUAGAGACCCAUUAGCAUAUGAAAAAGCUAAAGAACUGGCAAAAGAGUUCCCAAACAGGGUAAUACCUUUACUUGGAAGGUUUAGUGAACUGCCAGCCCUUUUGAAAGAAAGAAAUAUAAAACAAUCAUCAAUAGACGGUAUUCUAUUUGAUUUUGGAUGCUCAUCAAUGCAACUAGACAAUGGAGAACGAGGAUUUUCUGUCAGUAAAAAUGGAUAUUUAGAUAUGAGAAUGGAUGCUGGACGAGAUCCAAAUCAAAUAACUGCUAGGGAAGUGUUAGCAACUGCUAAUGAACAAGAGUUGUAUAAAAUUUUCAAGGUCUAUGGCGAGGAGAAAAAGGCCGCGAAAAUUGCACAGACUAUAAUUCAAGCCAGAUAUAUGAUUAAGAAUAUUGACACAACUAGAGAAUUAGUUGAUAUUGUUGAUUCCUGUUGUCCGAAUGAAUUUAGACUUGAUAAAUUACAAAGACCUCAAUCAAAUGCUACAAAAGUGUUCCAAGCUUUAAGAAUAUUCGUUAAUAAUGAACUAAAUGAGAUAAACUAUGGAAUGGUGUUGUCAAAGUAUUACUUGAAACUUAACGGUAGACUGAUAACAAUUUGUUUUCAUUCGUUAGAAGAUACAAUAGUAAAAAGACAUAUAGCUGGCAAUACUAUUAAUGAUGUUGCCAAUCCUGUACCAUUGAGAUACUUGAGUCCGACUUUGGUACAAGACCAAGAUACUAUCAAUCAGUUUUUGGACAGUCCCUGGAAAGCUAUAAAUAAGCAUGUCGAGGUACCAUCCGAUGAUGAAGUGGAAAGGAAUCCUAGAAGUAGAAGUGCACGUCUUCGAGCGGCUAUCAAAAUUAAAUAAUUGAUUUCUUUAUCCAUUUUAGACUAGAA